AUGGGCUUGGUGAUGGUUGGCAGUUUGAACUCUGCAGCAUUCCAAGACAUGGUGCAAUAUACUUGUGACACCCAACACGAUAAGAUUCAACGUGGACUACGUACAGGAAUCUCCUUGUUGGCCUAUGUAUCUCACCUUACCAGACGAAAUGGUGAUUUCACUUCUGGAAUUACAAACGAAUGCGGACGACAAGAUGAGGCCGAAUCUUACAUAGCCCAAUUGAUUGAUGUCAAGAGCAAUGCAAUGUUACGGUCCACAGGAAUAGCGAUGAUGUCAAUGGCCUACGUUGGAAGUGGACGUGCAAAUGUUGUUUCAAGACUUUUGGAAAAGGUAGUAGAGCUUCGCAGGCAAAUUUGUGCCAAUCUUCUAAAAAUCGGGUUUUAA